GAAAUUGGGAUCUUUGUUGAUCAAUUCCUGGACUAAAAUGCACCUUGUCUCACAUGGUUGUAACGAGUGUAGGGUAUAUACCUCCCUCCCCUCUUGUUUUGACCUCUUCGAAGAUCUAAAGCUUGGUUGGAGAGGCUACCCUUGCACCCAAAACAAGAAGUACCAAAAAUUGUACCUCACUAAACACAUACUACUACUACUAGCUAGGUAACAAUCGCUUGUUAUUUGUUUAUAGCUGAAAGAUUAAGACUUCCGGUAGGUCGCUUUCAGUGGCGGGAGAAGAGAAGAUAUCAUAAACUAAGCAGGCAAUUCUCUACUGCUUAAUUAAUCGAUGAGGUUAAAACUUACCUCCGUUUCGACAAACUAAACAUAUCGGCAAUAGUUAUCUCUGGAAGCACGAAGCUACGAGGAAGUUUCUCGGAAACAAUAUAUUCAGGGGGUCCAACUCGACCGGAGAAAUCAGGACGGAGCAGUAGACUAAGAUGUCUGAAGAAGAGGCUAAGCUCAUCGGGUCCUUCGGCAGCCCGGCCGUGCACCGCGUCGAGGUGGCCCUGCGGCUCAAGGGCGUCCCCUACGAGUUCAUCCAGGAGGACCUCAACAGCAAGAGCGACCUGCUGCAGGAGCACAACCCCGUCCACCACAAGGUGCCGGUGCUCCUCCACGGCGGCCGCCGGCCGGCCCUCUGCGAGUCGCUCGUCAUCGUCGAGUACGUGGACGAGGCCUUCCCCCGUGGCCCCGCGCUCCUGCCGGCCGACCCACUCGACCGCGCCGCCGCCCGCUUCUGGGCCCGCUUCAUCGACGACAAGUGCGGGGUGUGCACGUGGGUGGCGCUGUGGGGGGAGGGCGAGGCGCGGGAGGCGGCGGCGAGGGAGACGAAGCGGAACCUGACGCUCCUGGAGGCGCAGCUCGGCGGGAGGAGGUUCUUCGGCGGCGACCGCGUCGGCUUCCUCGACAUCGCCGCCAGCGGGCUCGCGCACUGGCUGGGGGUGUUCGAGGAGAUGGCCGGGGUGACCCUGCUCACCGAGGAGGAGCACCCGGCGCUGUGCCGGUGGGCGAGGGAGUACGUCGCGGACGAGGCCGUGCGGGGGUGCCUGCGUGACAGGGGCGCGCUGCUCGCCGCGCUGGCUGCCAGGAAGGACAGGGGGUCCCGGAAAGAAAUAACACCCGGUCUUACCGAUGUAGGUGCCCAACAAUGAUACGGUUACUCCGUUCAAAGGACAUUGGAUGGUACAUAAGUGAGCACAUGACAUUCCACAAUCACUCUCUUACAGAUAAGUGUGGUGAGAAACUAUACUGGCCCUCGCACAAACAUAUCGACAUAUAUACACGUGACCUUGGCAAGCAGCUCCGUGAAAAUAAUAUCAGCAUCAGCAAAGUGUACAACAUUAUUGAUAGUUUCUUUGGUUCAAUGAGCAAUGUGCCUUUCAGCAAAAGAGCGUUAAGGGGGCUUUGUUGAGAAAUCAGCCGAGGUCAGGCGGAUGAUGAUGUCAGGAAGACAAUGGAAGUUUUUGCUGAGCUGGGAUCCAAAGAUUCUGGGUUUGUACUACAGAGUGCAGCCAGAUGAAGACAACCGCAUACGGAAUCUGUUAUGGUCAACAGGAGCAAGCAGAGCACAGUACUAUUAGUCGCUCUCAACGUGCCAUUUGUGCUCGUCUUGAUCGUCAGUGUGCAGAUGGCCCCGCAGUAAACAAUGAUGAUGGUGGUGCUGUGCAUGCAGCAACGAUGGAAACAUCAGCUGGAACCACUACUUCUCCUUCCGUGAGAAUACCAGUCAUCGUAACACACUCGAUGAGCAUGCUGUCGAUGGGAAUCACACUGCAAAAAUGAAUCAACCAAUUGACUUGCAAAAGCCCAAACUUGUAUUCCUAUCUUGGCAGACAAUCUUGUUCCUGACACGGGCAAUAAUGGACCACUCCGGGAUGCAAGUCCAAGAGCAGCUGAAUGCAAAACAACACAUGGCAUCGACUUGUUGGCAGCGGUUGCCACAGGCACCUGCCCUGCCCAGAUCACAUCUCCAGCAGCAAAUGGAAAUCCCAAACAUACUUGCAACUGCUCUUGCUGAUGCGCCUCCUCCAUCCGAAGCUGGGCCUAGCAACUGGCAACCCAUGAGAGUAGUGUCUGACGCUCCAUCUGAAAAGAGGUCGCAAGAUUUGCAAGACUAAUAAUAGAUCAGCCGUCUACUUCUGACAUUUAUCAGGGCGUCUGUGACUGUACAACACAAAAACACAGUAAAAGUCGACAUUCUUCAAAUUCGACUAGAAAAAAUCACGCCAGACUACCGUCCGAAAAAUUAAAAUGACCGGCCAAUUCUAAGCUUGGGCUCAUUGAUAUGCACCUGGAAAAGAUAGGCAAAAUGACAAAAUCCAAAAAAAAUGUUUUUCAUUUCUAUUUUGGAAAACAAUAUUGACUAAAAAUACAUUUAAUCUAGAUUUGUCAGAUAUCCAUAUUUAUCCUUGAAACCACAAAACCACAGUGAAAAAACAACAUUGUUUGUGUGUAAUUGUAACAAAAAAUUAUGUCACCGGUCUGCCCAUCCAAAAGAUUCAGAAGGCCUACUGUAUGUACAUCCUGGAGUAGAUGACUGCUUCCACGCACUUUGCUACUUUGACCGCUAAACACACACACACACACACACACACCAUAAAACUCAAUUUAGAGGGACAGUACAUACGCCAUUUACUACGAGCUACUACAUGAUACUCCAGUUAAAUCCUCACACCUAAUUCAGCACGCGCAUCAUAAUCGCGGCCACAAGCAGUAUAAGAUUGGCCACGCCAAUCACGAGAUUAGCGACGGAUGCCACCAGAUUUAUGGACGAAGCGUCGACAGCAAUGGUUCCCUGGCGCCCUGUAAUUGGGGGCGCAGCGACCAUGUCCCCUGCGGCGGCGCUGACGGAAGAUGCGACCUGGGAACCCUCGGGCACGACGUUCUGCUGCCCAUCCGAUGCGUGCGGCGGCUGCAGACCUUGAGCUCCCACCGCUUGGCCGACUUGCUCCUGGACGUAGCUGGGCCAAGAGAGGCGAGGUAGUCGGCGUAGGCUUGCUGCCACAUAGAAGUCGCAUCCACCAGCUGAUGGCUAUCGUUGAUUCAAAGAAAAGAGACGAAGAAAAGUGAGGUCUUGAGCAGAUCAGAAGAAUAAUGCAACAAAAAUUCUCCAAACAAAACCGCUUUACAUUGUGAUUCCGGUACUUGCAGAAACGCUCGCCGGCGUUCUGCCCCUGCCGAGCUAUCUUGAUUUCGACUUGGGGAUCGAUUGAAACAUCCCGCGCCUGCCUCUGGCGGAAUAAAUGCAGUUGGUGGGCCGACCCACAUGCCGUCUUUCCCUGGCUCCCACCGUUGCGAUGCUGUUUGCCGCCGUCGCUAGUUCCUGGAAGUUCGACUGUACACACCGUACAUCUGUCAAGUCUCCCGUCCAACCCACACAUUAAAUAAGCCGCGUGAAUACCGCACCGAUCCCACCUCCCAGAGCGAUCGACGCUUGGCGAUAAAGUGAGCAGGCGAGCUCGUCCACGCCAGUGAAUUUCCGUACUUGUCUUUCAUUUUUGUAGCCCGUCUCGUAAGACCCUUUUAGUGCCGGUUCUGAAACCGGCACUAAAGGGUGGGGACUAAAGCCCCCCUUUAGUCCCGGUUCAGCACGAACCGGCACUAAUGGCCCACCACAUGGCCUGAGCCCGCGCCGGGGGGCUGGGGGACCUUUAGUCUCGGUUGGUAACACCAACCGUGACUAAAAGUUUUUUUAUUUAUUUUUGAAAAAAAUGACUUUUUUUUUCUAAUUUUCUAAUUUCUGAAUUAUUUGAUGAUUUAAUCUCUAAUCAUCUCUCAUCAUUUCAAAUCGUCUAACUUCCCGACCGGUCACCCAUCCUCUCACUACUCCAGUCCGACCAUGCUUAACUUCCCAGUUCUAUUCUCCCUAAUUUCCAAGUCUGCACUUGUUAUUUACCUGACAAUAGUAAGCUGUCAAUCCUAUUAACCCUCAGGAGUUUAGUUUGAGCAUGAAGUCACACGUUUCACCAUUUGAGUUUGAGAGUAUUAUUCUAAAAACAUUAAUUAUUUAGUAACACUAAUAUUUCUUGAAUAAGUAGUUUGAGCAUAGUUUGACCAAAUUUGACCAUAGUUUGACCAAAAUUCAAAAAAAACUGUAAUAAUUAUUUAGUAACACUAAUAUUUCUUGAAUAAGUAGCUUGACCACAGUUUGACCAGAUUUAACAAAAUUCAGAAAACUGAAAUUUGAGCAUAACUUUUUUUCCUUUAAGAAUUUGAGGAUUCUAAAAAUGUGCAAAACGACCUAUGGCCGUCGAAAUCGGAUGCGGAUUUUCGUGCUGAUUUUUUUUAUAUAUUAUGCGUUUUUUUGACAUCGUAUGCAAAAUAUAUGGUCGUUUUACUUUUUCAUAACACUUUUUUGCAAACCAUGUCAAAAUUUAUGUUUUAAAAUUUCCCUAACUACUAGAUGUAGAAACAUAACUACAUCUCAAAGGAUUUUAAUUUUUGAAAUUUUUAUCAUUUUUCUUUUGUUUUUUUUUAAAACAGAAAAGACAAUGAGGAGGGGAGGUAGAGUUUGAAAAUUGCCCUUUAGUCCCGUUUGUGAUACAAACCGGAACUAUAUAUUGACCCUUUAGUCCUGGUUUAUGUCUGGCGCCUUAGACCACUCGGCCAUCCUGACUUGUACGUACAGUUCUGUUUUAACGCCUUAAUGUAGUAGUAUCUACAACAUCAUGAUAUUGUAUACAGUCUAUCACUGUACAUAUACUUGUCUUUUUGUUGUUGUUGUUGCGAACGUGUACAUAUACUUGUCGAACUCUCACUUGAGAUCCGUUCCUAUAGGUAAACUCCUAUCAACGCGAACAUUCAUGAAUUAGCAUCGGCCUCAGAGUCCCUCUGAAUAAAAGCUGAAACAUACUCCCUCUGUUUCUAAAUAUAAUUUUUUCUAGAGAUUCCAAUAAAAAACAACAUACAGAGCAAAGUGGGUGAAUCAGCACUCUGAA